AUGGAGCGCAUCAAUGUGGGCAUGCACGUGGACAUACGUCGUUCGGAUGGUCGUGUGCACAACGCGGUGAUCAGCGAGGUGCGCAAGGGCACGCAAUCGGUAACGGUGGAGUGGUUCGAAAGUGGAGAAACGAAAGGAAAGGAGGUGGAUUUGAAAACACUGCUCUCGAUAAACCCGAUGCUCGCUGCACCACCGUCCACAUCUCUGUCGAUGAACUUUGUGGCACCUGCUGCUGCUACCAAUGAUGAGAAUCGUUCGGCUCCCGAACUUCACUCUAAACUCACUAACAAUAACGCAGUGGAAAAUAAACGGCGUGAAACGAAUGUGAAGCGAAUCAAUAACGGUGCGGCGCUGUACACAGCAAGGAACGGGAAUGGGCCUGAGGCAGGCGGCGGUGGCGUGGUCGUCGAGAACAACCGUGCAAGCUUGUUGCCCCCGCCUGCUCGGCCGCAGAAGCAACAACAGCGCUUCACGCUUAAUCCGUCCUGCUUUGAAGCGAUAGAUUUGCCGCCAGGUUUGUUCAGUACCAGUGCUCUUGUAGUCCAUGGAAGUACCAGGCCGGGUUGUUCCAACUACCAGCACUCAGUGGAGGAUGCUCACUGUCUGAGACCAUGCUUUUAG